GUUGAAAAAAAAACUAAAUGUCAAUUGUGAAAACUGAAAUGUGUCAAAAAAUAAUAAACAUUUUAUCGAUUUGUUUUGAUUGACCUCAAUAUUGCUCUUAGAACUUGAAAAAGGGUUCCAAUUCCGAUUAAAAUGUCAUCUCUGAUGCAGAAAUGUAACGAUGAGAACAUCCCUUUGGCCGACGAUGAUCCCCAAGUGAUUAUAACAGACGACGUGGAUAACAACCGUUUGGAUCAUGGUCGAUCCAUGGAUUCACUCCCAAGUUCGUACACCGGGGGUUCAUCAAGCCCAGGGUUGAAUGGACCACCUAGUUUUGAGCCAGAUUCUGGAAUAGACGAACAGGAAGAGAAGGCACGGUUAAUAUCACAAGUUCUGGAACUCCAGAAUACAUUGGAUGAUCUGUCUCAAAGGGUUGAUUCAGUGAAAGAAGAAAAUUUGAAACUACGUUCAGAAAACCAGGUGCUAGGUCAAUACAUAGAGAAUUUGAUGUCUGCCUCAUCAGUAUUCCAAUCUACCACUGCCAAUGUGCAUAAGAAGUAAAACACUUGUUAGUGCACCAGCUUUUGACAUUUAUAAUGGGAAACUAAUGAGGAAAAUGCUUUAAAUUAAUAAAAAACUUUAGAGCACUUUGUGUGUGGCUUCCUGGUGUAUUUUGGCUGUACAAACAAAUUAGCUAUAAAGUUUGGUA